UCCUCAUUCAUCUGCCUGCAGCUCUCCCCCAUCUUUCUUACACCUACUCGUCUGACAUCCAUCAGCCACGAGGAGGAACUGCGCUUGUCCAUUCCUCACUGGCUAUUCGUAUCAAUAUUUACUGUUCAGGAACAGUGACAUGACCAUCCGAUCCAUGAAGUUCACUCCAGAGGUUCUGCUCGGAGCCCCUAGGCGCUCCGGACCAGUUCCGAAUGCCUCAGGCACCCUUGCCGUCUACACCCAGACAACCUACUCGUUCGAAUCUCACUCCAAAACGAACGAGAUCCGCGUUCUGGAUAUCGCCACUGGCCGGUCGGCUCUGAUCACCAACGACGCUGGCGCCAGCUGUCCACAGUGGCUGGGUGACAGCAACCAGCUGGUUUGGCUCAAGGCCAAGGCAAACGGCAACACCAGCUUUAUUGUGGGGGAUGCACGUGAGGCAGACAAGACGUACACGGCGGGAACGGUCCCUGGCCCAGUUUCCGAUCUCAAGGUCACGGUCGUCGAGCCGGGCAAGAUCGGCUUUGCUGUGACUGGUAAGGCGAACCCUGAUGGGACGCUUCAUAAUCCGCAUGACGCAAAGAAGCCAAUCAGCACCGGGAAGCUCUUUACGUCGCUCUACGUGAGACAUUGGGACUCCUACAUCGAGCCGCAGAAGAAUGCCAUCUGGUAUGGCUUGCUGCAGCGCGCCCCUCUGUCGCCAGCUACCAGACAAGCGGGCAAGUACUCCGUGUCAGGACUGACGAACUUGAUUUCGGUGAGCGGUCUUGCGGGUGUCGAGGCCCCUAUCCCGCCAUUCGGGGGCACCGGCGAUUUUGACAUCAGCCCCUCAGCAAUUGUCUUCGUGGCGAAAGAUCCGGACCUUAACCCUGCCACGCACACCUCCUGCUCCUGCUACUACUGCCCUAUGUUUUCAUGGACCGGUGUGAACGCAUUGGAGGCCAAGGUCUGCGCAGUAAAGGGACUCGAGGGGGCCAUGUCUUCACCGAUCCUGACUUCGGAUGGCAGCUCGAUUGUUCUUCUCGCCAUGCGCGAAGACGGUUACGAGUCGGAUAAGAGACGUAUCUUAUAUGUGCCGAACCCCUGGAACGGCGAAAUGAUCGAGGUGUUUGCCUCCACAGACGGAGAGGGGUUGUGGGAUUCCAGCCCGUCUGGCCUGACGUUCUCGAAUGACGACCAGUCUUUGUUCAUUCAGGUCGAGGAGUAUGGCCGUGGCGUGUUGUACCAGCUUCCUAUGGCUGAUAUUCGCCAUGCGACUCCGGACAAGCUAAAGAAGAUCACUGAUGCGGGCUACGUCACCGACGUCUAUCCCGCAUCUAAGAAGUCGACAAAGCUGCUCAUUUCUAGCACUAGCUUGGUGGAUAAUAGCGUCUGGUCCAUUGUCGAUCCCGAGUCUCCCAGCGACAUUCGCGUUAUCUCCUCCAUCGGUCGCAACGGUGCUGUCUUCGGACUCUCGCCCUCGCAGGUGGAUGAGAUUUGGUACCGGGGAGCCAACGACACUCCCGUCCAUGCCUGGGUUGUGAAGCCCUCCAACUUCAAGCCGGGGAAGAAGUACCCGCUAGCUUACUUGAUCCACGGCGGACCCCAGGGUGCCUGGUGUGACCAGUGGAGCACGCGGUGGAAUCCGGCGGUGUUUGCUGAGCAGGGCUACGUGGUCGUUACGCCCAAUCCCCGAGGCAGCACUAGUUACGGACAAAAGUUCACGGAUGAGAUUCGUGGCAACUACGGCAGCCUGCCAUAUAUAGAUCUCGAGAAGGGAUUCGAUUAUAUUGAGAAUAACCUGGAGUACGUCGACACAUCCCGUGCUGUGGCGCUCGGUGCGUCAUUUGGUGGCUACAUGGUCAACUGGAUCCAGGGACACCCACUGGGCCGACGAUUCAAGGCUCUGGUGACCCACGAUGGAAUUUUCAGCAUGACGUCGAUGCUUUCCACCGAGGAGCUCUACUUCCCUGUGCGGGAUCUCAAGGGGCCCUUGUGGAAGGUCCCUGAGAACUGGGAGCGCUGGGACCCGUCUCGGCACACCGCAAACUGGCAGACGCCGCAUCUGGUGAUCCACAACGAGCUGGACUACCGUUUGACGAUCGCAGAGGGUCUUGCUGCCUUCAACGUGUUGCAGAUGCGGGGAGUCGAAAGUGCAUUUUUGACUUUCCCGGACGAGAACCAUUGGGUGCUCAACCCGGAGAACUCGCUCAUGUGGCACCACACCGUGCUCAACUGGAUCAACAAGUAUGUGGGACUGCCGCCGGCUUCGCGGGAAUUUGCAGAGUUUAGCACGACGAAGCAGACGUCGAUGGAGCGACGACUCCAGCAAGUGACGUUGGAUGGGGCCGCUAGCUGAACACUGGUUCUCUAUAGAUUAGUGUUUAGUAGUAUGUUCAGCGGAGUCAAAUACGAGGUCAUAUGCUCAUCUAGCAAUGCUUUGUCGGCAUUGUCCAAUGCCUUUAUAGUGCUAUAACAGGUGUAGCUCCUGUUUCGCACUACACCAUACGUAGCUACCAAGCGGAUACAGACAAUGGAGCAAGGUGAGGCGGGAAAUACCAUCUCUUUAUGCAACAAUGCGCCCACAAAGACCGGGUGAGGCUAUUGUGCAGAGACAAGGGGCCGGCGAC